GGGCAGCGGCGCGGGAUGAGCGGCAGCGCGUGGCCCGGCUCGGGCUCGGCCCCGGCCGCCUGCCGCUUCGCGCACUACUUCGUGCUGUGCGGGCUGGACGCGGACAGCGGGCUGGAGCCCGACGAGCUGGCGGGUGAAAAUUUUGACCAGAGCCCUUUGAGAAGAACAUUCAAGUCCAAAGUCCUGGCACACUACCCCCAGAACGUGGAGUGGAACCCCUUUGACCAGGAUGCUGUCAACCUGCUGUGCAUGCCCAAGGGGCUGACUUUCAGGACACAGGCGGACAGCAGGGAGCCGGAGUUCCACUCAUUUCUCAUCACCCGGGAAGACAGCUCGCGCACCUAUGGCUUCGCACUCACCUUCUACGAGGAGGUGAUGAGCCGGCCCAUCCGCGCAGCCAUGCAGACGCUCUACCACAUGCACCAAGCCGAGCAGGCAGGCAGCAUUUGUACUUCCUCCCCUUGCAGCACAGACUCGCUGGCCAGCAGCCUGGACGAGAGUGAGUGUGGGGCACCACCACCCCGACUGCCGACGGGUGGCUCUUCCUACGACCUGGCCAGGGACACUCUGUACGUAUCCAAGAGCAUCUGCCUCCUGGCGCCGCUGCCCUUCAUGCGGGCCUGCAGAAAGUUCCUGCUGCAGCUGCACCGGGCCGUGGUGUCACCACAGCCCCCACCCCUACCGCUCGAGAGCUACGUCCACAACAUCCUCUACGAGGUGCCGCUGCCCCCGCCCGGGCGCUCACUCAAGUUCCAUGGUGUCUACGAGCCUGUGGUCUGCCAGCGGCCUGGCCCGGAUGAACUCCCCCUGGCUGAUUUCUCACUGCGUGAGGCCCUGGAGCUGCUGGGACUGGAGAACUUGGUGCAGGUGUUCACCUGUGCUCUCCUGGAGAUGCAGAUUCUGCUCUACUCUCAAGACUGCCAGCGCCUGAUGACAGUGGCCGAGAGCAUCACCGCGCUCCUCUUCCCGUUCCAGUGGCAGCACGUAUACGUGCCCAUCCUACCCGCUUCCCUGCUACAGUUCUUGGACGCCCCUGUGCCCUACCUGAUGGGCCUGCAGUCCAAGGGUGGUGCUGACCGCUCCAAGCUGGAACUUCCUCAGGAGGCCAACUUAUGCUUCGUGGACAUCGACACCCACUUCAUUGAGCUGCCGGAGGAGUUUCCGCAGUUCCCCAACCAGGGGCAGUUGGUGCAGGAACUGGCGCAGGUGUUGCUGCACUUUGGGGUCUCCCUGGAGGGCACCAGCAACCCCCCGACACCCACGUGCGUGGUCCUCACCCACCCAGCUGGCGACAACAACGGCAACGUGGCCCCGGGCGGGGAGAAGGGCGACGGGGGGCAAGAGUGGCGGCCGCAGUGCGACACCGCAGAGCUGCGGGAGCAGCAGCUGAGCGUGCAGCUGCGGGAUGUGUUCGCGCAGCGCUUCACGCACAUGUUCGCCGACUACGAGGCCUUUGUCAUCCAGACGGCCCAUGACCUGGACACCUGGCUCAGCAGCCGUGAGCAUAUGCAGAACUUCGACAAAGCCUCCUUCCUAUCGGACCAGCCCGAGCCCUUCCUGCCCUUCCUGUCUCGCUUCAUCGAAACACAGAUGUUUGCCACCUUCAUAGACAACAAGAUCAUGUCCCAGUGGGAGGAGAAGGACCCUCUGCUUCGUGUCUUCGACGCACGGAUUGAGAAGUUCCGGCUGGCGCAGGUCCGGGCGCCCACCCUGCGGUCGUCCUUGUACCAGCCGUGCAGUACCCUGAGCAAUGCAGCCCAGUCCAUCGAGCAGCGGCUGAUGAAGAUGGACCACACGGCCAUCCACCCCCACCUUCUAGACAUGAAGAUUGGACAGGGAAAGUACCAGCAAGGCUUCUUCCCGAGGCUGCAGGCUGAUGUCCUAGCCACAGGGCCAACCAGCAACAACCGCUGGGCCAGCCGUGGGGGCAGCACACAGCGCUGGAAGGAGCGUCCCCGGCCACACUGCGAGCACUCGGGCCUUGACAAUGACCUCAAGGAGAAAUAUAUGCAGGAGGCCCGAAGCUUAGGCAAGAACUUGCGGCAGCCCAGACUGUCCGACCUGUCGCCAGCAGUCAUCGCGCAAACCAACUCGAAGUUCGUGGAGGGCUUGCUGAAGGAGUGUCGGAUGAAGACAAAGCGCAUGCUGGUAGAGAAGAUGGGCCACGAGGCUGUGGAGCUAGGCCACGGGGAAGUCAGCAUCACGGGCCUGGAGGAGAACACACUCAUUGCCAGUCUGUGUGACCUUCUGGAGCGAAUCUGGAGCCACGGUCUGCAGAUCAAGCAGGGGAAGUCUGCACUCUGGUCACACCUGAUCCAAUUCCAGGACCGGGAAGAGAAGCAGGAACACUUGGCUGAGUCGCCAGUUGCCCUUGGGCCGGAGAGGAGAAAAUCAGACUCGGGACUUGCUUUGCCAGCGCUGAGGGUGUCUCUGAUCCAGGAUAUGAGGCAUGUGCAGAACAUGAGUGAGAUCAAGACGGACGUGGGCCGGGCACGGGCCUGGAUCCGCCUGUCCCUGGAGAAGAAGCUUUUGUCCCAGCACCUCAAGCAGCUGCUUUCAGACCAGCCUCUCACCAAGAAGCUGUACAAGCGCUACGCCUUCCUGCGCUGUGAGGAUGAGCGGGAGCAGUUCCUCUACCAUCUUCUCGCCCUCAAUGCUGUCGACUACUUCUGCUUCACGGGUGCCUUCACCACCAUUGUCAUCCCCUACAGGGUUGUGGUCAUCCCCACCAAGAAGCUGAGCAACACCAUCAUCACUUCCAACCCUUGGGUCUGUGUGUCGGGAGAAUUGGGGGACACGGGCGUGAUGCAGAUUCCAAAGAACCUCCUGGAGAUGACAUUCGAGUGCCAGAACCUGGGCAAGCUGACCACGGUGCAGAUUGGCCACGACAACUCAGGACUGUUGACCAAGUGGCUGGUGGACUGUGUGGUGGUCAGGAAUGAGAUCACUGGGCACACGUACAGGUUCCCAUGCGGGCGGUGGCUGGGGAAAGGUGUGGACGAUGGCAGUCUCGAGCGGGUCCUCAUUGGGGAGCUGGUGGCAGCGGUAGCUGACGAGGACCUGGGCAAGCAGUGCCGGACGCCCCCCCAGCAGAAGUCUCCUCCCAUGGCCCGGAGGGCAAGCGUCACCUCCUUGUCAGGAAAGACCAGCAAACCAAGCGCCGGGCAGAUUCAGGAUGGCAUCGGGGAGGCUGUGAACAACAUCGUGAAGCAUUUUCACAAGCCUGAGAAGGAGCGGGGGAACCUCACAGUGCUGCUGUGUGGCGAGCACGGACUGGUGGCAGCACUGGAGCACAUGUUCCAUCAUGGCUUCCGCUCGGCCCGCAUCUUCCACAAGAAUGUGUUCAUCUGGGACUUUGUAGAGAGAGCCGUCACUUACUUUGAAACCACGGAGGAGAUUCUCAGCAGUGAAGAUGGCCUGAUUCAGAGGUCACCCCGAAGAACCUUCUGCCAAUACGUCAACGCUGUCAACACGGCACCCCGGAAGAUCGGGAAGGACGGCAAGUUUCAGAUCCUGGUGUGCCUCGGAGCUCGGGAUCGCCUGCUCCCCCAGUGGGUGCCACUGCUGGCCGAGUGCCCGGCCGUCACCCGCAUGUACGAGGACAGCGCUCUCCUCCGGGACCACAUGGCCAUCAACUCGCUCAUCCGCAUCCUGCAGAGCGUGCAGGACUUCCCCAUUGUCCUGGAGGGCUCCCUCACCAAGGGCGUGGAUGUGGGCCCCGGGCGGUAAACCAUGCAGCUAGUCCUGUACCCCAUACCCUCCCCAACCAGGGGGACCCAGCGGACUUGUCUGGGGGGGGGAACUGAGCCAGUGGGGGACGGGCUAGGGGCCUCCUCCACACCUUCCCCCACCUCAUCAGGACCAGCCUCACGCCAAGAUGAGGCAAAAUGCUGUAUUGUAGUUCAUUUGAACCUGGGAUUUAGUAUGAAAUAGAGUAUUUUCAUGUGCUA